CUUCCGGGGGCGCCAGAGUUUUGUUUCCGGGCGCAGGCAGCGGUGGCGCCCGGCGGCGGAGCGCGGGGAUGCCGGAGAUCGGGAUCCGCCAUGUGGUGUCCGCGAGCAGCGCUGACCCGACUCACUGCGCCGAGAACCUGCUCAAGGCCGACACCUACCGGAAGUGGAAGGCGGCGCAGGCGGGCGAGAAGCAGCUGUCGGUCAUCCUGCAGUUCGAGAAGGAGGAGCGGAUCCACAGCAUCGACGUGGGCAACGAGGGCUCGGCCUUUGUGGAGGUGCUGGCCGGCAGCUCCGCCUCGCCCAGCGAGCAGGACUACGAGGUGCUGCUGGUCACCUCAUCCUUCAUGUCGCCCUCGGAGAGCAAGGCUGGUACCAACCUCAACCGGGUCCGGAUGUUUGGCCCGGACAAGCUGGUGAAAGCAGCAGCCGAGAAGAAAUGGGACCGGGUGAAAAUUGUCUGCACCCAGCCCUACACCAAGACCCUGGCAUAUGGGCUGUCCUUUGUGAAGUUCCAUUCGCCGCCCGAAAACAACGAAACCCAGUCAAAAUCUGCCUCCCCGAAGGUGACCAAGCUGGGCCACUUUAAGGUGAAGGACGAGGACAGCAGUUCUGCCUCAAUGAGGCCCGGGGCCCUGUUCUUCAGCCGAGCUAGCAAACCACUUCUCACACCGCCCAGAGCCCCGCAGACGGAGGAAUCGUCCCCCAGUUACGCUGUGGCCACCCUCCAGGCCAGCACACCCAGCGCCUCCUCCCCCUCUGUUGCAGAGAAACCCUCCGCCAGGACCUCCCCCAGCCACGCCGCAACCUCCCCCAAGGAUCCAGCUCCCACCAAGAGGAAGUUUGAGUUCAGCAAGGAGAACUCAUCCCCCCUCUCUGCUCAGAAACCUGACGCCGAGGCCCCUCACCCCACGCAGCCAGCCCCCAAGAAGCCCAAAGCCCCAGAGCCGCCCCCCCGCAAGCCGCCAGUUCCCAAGAAGCAGCCGAAGGAGCCAUCGCCGGAGGGGGCGGGGGAGGAUUUUCAUCGCCUCCUGCAGGGAACGGUCUUCGUGCUGAGCGGCUUCCAGAACCCCUUCCGCUCCGAGCUGCGGGACAAGGCGCUGGAGAUGGGCGCCAAGUACCGGCCCGACUGGACCCCCGACAGCACCCACCUCAUCUGUGCCUUCGCCAACACGCCCAAGUACAGCCAGGUGAAGGGGCGCGGGGGCACCAUCGUGCGCAAGGAGUGGGUGCUGGACUGCCACCGGGCCCGGCGGCGCCUGCCCUGCAAACGAUACCUAAUGGGCGGGCCGCCCGCCUCAGGCAGCGAGGAAGAAGAGGAGAGUGAGGAGGAGUCGCCCGCCCGGCCCUGCAAGACCCCCUCCCCCCGACAGAGAGCCGGGCUGCCCAGCUCCAACCACCAGGGCAAGGCGCCUGCCAGGGCCCAGCCGCCUCAGGGUGAGUCCUCGGGGGAGGAGACAGAGCCCGGCACCUCCUGGGCCCACGCCGGCAACUCACAGGCCGGGGAGGAGAGCUCCCUGGCCUCCACAGACAGCGGAGAGCCCGCAGGGGCGAGAGACAGUGGGGAGGGCGACUCCGGCGACACGGACGACGAGCUGAGGAGGGUGGAGGAGGAGCACCGCAAGAAGCAGCAAGCAGGUCGGGAGGCGACGCCGGACCCCGACGAUGACCCCUACGGCGGCUCCACGGAGGAGAACACGGAUGUGGAAGAGGAGCCGGAUCAGCCCAUCCCGGAGCUGCCUGAUUUCUUUGUGGGCAAACGCUUUUUCCUGUAUGGAGAUUUCCCGUCCCAGGAACGACGCCUCCUGAAUCGCUACAUCACGGCGUUCAACGGGGAGGUGGAGGGCUACAUGAACGAGCGGGUGAACUACGUCAUCACGGCCCAGGAGUGGGAUGACACCUUCGAGGAGGCCCUGAAUGACAACGCCAGCCUCUCCUUCGUCCGCCCUCGCUGGAUCUACACCUGCGGCGAGCGCCAGCGGCUCAUCCCGCACCAGCCGUACGUGGUGGUGCCGCGAGCGUAGGGUGGCGCUCGGGGAGCCCGCUGGCGCAGGGUGGUGUGGACUCGGGGGGGCUGGGCACUCUCCUGUGUACAGACGCCACGCCGGGCGGGGGUGGUUUUCACUGUUCUUGGUCCCUGCCUCAGCCUCCUGUUUGCAGCAAUGGCAAUGGCAGGGCCCCCCCCGAAUGUAUCCACCUCCCCCGGCCAGACUCCCUGUUCCCCUCAAAAUACCCCCUCAUCUCCAAGGCACUCUCCGCCCCCGCCUCCACCCCCUUUUCCGCCAGCGCUGUCAUUUCCACCCCUCGGGUUAAGCCUGAAUUGAUCGUGUGCGCGGACGCCCCUACAGGGAUUUGAACCCGGCUUCUUGCUGCUCACCUGCCAUAUGCUCACAUCCCUUCGAACCGGUGUCCGCAGCCAUGUGGGCUCCCCGCCCGUCCCCUUCACCCGUGUGAGUUCCCUUUUCAGUUAAAUCCAUGUGGCUUCAGCUGGCCAGAAUCUGUGCCUGGGGGUGGGGAACCCGAGGGGCUGGGUUAGAUGCUAAACUCCAGAGAAUUUACCAACCCAAAGGAAAUGCAGGAAACCUUCCCUCCCUGCCUUACUGCCCUGAUCCCAGGGCAUCUGGGGGCUCCCCUGGGAUUGGUGCAGCUGGGGGCUGCCCUGGGAUCGAUGUGGCUGGGGGCUGCCCUGGGAUCGGUGCGGCCGGGGGCUGCUUCGCACCGUGAAUUUCCACCGAGCCGUGGAGGAGUGAGUUCAGGUCUUAGCAUUUGCUCUGGCAAGGAAAUCAGGCUGGUGAGUUUCCUUCCCUCUCUCCCUGGUCAGUUUCAGGCUGGUGGGAGGGGCCGCAGGUGGGUGUGUCUGGUCAGUUUCACUCCCGCUCCCUGGUCAGUUUCCCAGUUGCUGUGGGUCUGUCUGGAUGGUUUCCCCUCCCUCCCUUUCUCUUGCCCCAGAGCCUGGGGCACUGUUCAUAUUUGGGGGGCACGGCGGGGGGAAGCUCUUUUAUACAGAAUUUUCUUCGAGCAAAAUAAACUGUUUUUCAGGAGAAGCUUGGUUUAAAAACCCACUUUAGUGGGGGUGGGUCUGGUCUCCCUGCGCCCCUGGCCUGGGCCCCACAUGGAAUUCAGGCUACAAGUCCUGGGCCCCCUACCUCACGCCGCAGCUGAGGCGUGGCCCUGGGGCACGCUAGGGGCCCUGCUCUGCCCCCCAGGUUUCUUUGAAAGGAGACCUGCUGCGGCUCAGCCCCCCAGCUCUGUGCCCCCAUGAACCCACCUCCCCCAGAGCUGCUUGGGAAAGGUUAGUGUCCCUGCUGCCAUGAAAGCUGAACACUCCACCCCUCACUGUAUUGAAACUCAUGCACGCUCCAUCCCCUCGGCUGCCCCAUUUCUGCAUGACCCCCAUCUCCAGCUGUGGAGCCAUAACUCCUCCGUCCCCCUCUGAGCUCUAGCGAGGGGUGUGGGGGGGGUCUCCGCAUGUUCAGAUCUGGCCUGGGCAGGGGAAUCCAGCCGAGUGCCCUAUGGUGCUUUCCUGACUCAGCCCAGCCAUGGGGAGAAGAGAUGUGUAUGGGGGUCCUGAGCCAGAGCCCAGCUCAGCUGCUCCCCACACCACCUGGGGGUCUGGGGGGGGGGGUGGGGCUGUCCUUUGCUGCAGGGACAGUGUCUCUCUUUCCUAACUAAACCCGUUAACAAGCCCAGGUGUGGCCCCCGAGUGGCAGAAAUGACGCAGUGGGGCUGAGAGAGACCGAGAGGUGGGUCCAGGGACAGAGGCAGGAGGGGAACUGGAAGAGCUUGGGGAAGGGAGCCCAGGGCUGGGAUAACGGGGCUGUGGGUCGGACCUUGAUGAAGGGCUGUGGAGCUGGAGUCAGGAACCUCGAGGAGGGGUUCUGGAGAAGUUUGUGCUUUGGGGAGUUCAAGACUCCCUGAGUGGUGGUGUGUGUAUUUGGGGGGCAGGAGGGUCAGCCCCUCCAACAGAGGACAGAUGGACAGAGAGUUAUUACUGAUUUUUAGAUUUAGAUUGCCAGGGUACCAUUUGUACUAAGAAAACGAGUGAAUUCCUCCUCCCCCCCCCCCCGUCCUCAUGGGGUGUAUGUGGGGAGGGUUCCACACACAAUACACUGGAAGAAGCUUCUAUAAAUGGGUCAACCCUGGCUGCCCCCUGGCGGGGGGGGGGUCCCUCAGAACAAAGGGCACCUGAACUUUGCAUCCCCAGCCCCACGGGGAUGGAAAUCUAGGCAUGGGGGCUGGUGGGGGCUGAUGCUUAGGUGGUGAGCGCUGGAGGGCCAGGAGUGUCUCCGUGUUCGGUGUUUGUGCAGCGCCUGGCGCGGUGGGGUCCUCAGUCCUACCCUGAUACACUUAAUAAGGUCCAGUCAUGGACUGGGGUGAGCGCAAUGGGGUCCUGGACUGGGGCCAUAGAAAUAAGAGGUGAGAAGUGCUGCCCAGGACUCCUUGGUCCCGCAUCCCCCCACAAAUCUGCUGCUUUCACCACAAGAUGGGGGGGGGGGAUACACCUUGAUCCAAAGAAGCGUCCAGGUCUGGGAUUGGGGCGCUGGCCCGAGGGUGUGGAAUUGGCUGGCUCGGGGGGGGGGAGGGGGAACGGGGCCUUUCCCUUCUAGCGGUGCCAGCUCCCCUACAGCACCAGGGUUUGGGCUGGAUCACAGCCCUGUCCCAGUGAUUUAUCCCCCUCAAGGGGGAUUUAUUUUUUACUCUGUUGUUUAGUAUUUUCUCUCAAUUCUUUUAGCAAAUUAGUUAAAUUUCACCUACAACAUUUUUAAAAUUAAAAUCUGGGUAAAGUUA